GGAGAAGUCCCUGACCACCAGCCAGCAUCCCAGGGCUUCCCUCAGCCGCCCAAGCCUGCCGAACCCCAGCCCUCCCGCGGGAGACUCCCGAUUCCAGCCCUUCCCGGCUGCCUUCCAGCAGCACCAUGAGUCCCGGGGCGGGCCGGGUGGUGCUGGCAGCGGUUCUGGUGCUGGUGCUGAGCCCCGGGGACAAGGGGCUGGCAGGGGCUUGUAGCUGUGCCCCUGCGCAUCCCCAGCAGCUCCUCUGCGACGCGGCCAUCGUGAUCAGAGCAAAAAUAUCCAGUGAAAAGGUGGUUCCUGCCAGUGAUGAUCCUCUUGAUACCCACAAAAUGAUCCGGUAUGAAAUCAAACAAAUAAAGAUGUUUAAAGGAUUUGAAAAGCUGAAGGAUGUCCAGUAUGUCUACACCCCUUUUGAUUCAUCACUCUGUGGAGUGAAACUAGAUGCUAACAACAAAAAACAGUAUCUUUUGACAGGGCAAAUUUUGAGUGAUGGUAAAGUCCUCAUCCACUUAUGCAACUACAUUGAGCCAUGGGAUGAUUUAUCCUUGUCUCAAAAGAAGAGCCUUAAUCAGAGAUAUCAGAUGGGCUGUGGCUGCAAAAUUACUACCUGCUACAUGGUGCCCUGCUCCAUCACUGCACCAAAUGAAUGCCUCUGGACAGACUGGCUGAUAGAGAGGAAGCUGUAUGGGCACCAAGCCAAGCACUAUGCCUGCAUCAAGAGAAGUGAUGGCACCUGCAGCUGGUACCGAGGCGGUCCCCCCCCUGAGAAAGAGUUUAUUGAUAUCAGUGAACCUUAAACUGAUUGCUCCUGAAAAAGCCUUGGAGUCCAAUUCCAUCCAACACUGCACGCUCACAGCUUUGAACUGCCAUCCUCCAAACGUAGCUCUUGCUUAGAAACAAAACCAAAUUGUCCUUUCCAGCUGAAAUCCCAGCCCGUGGAACCGGCGCUCACGCAAGAUGAGGAACACAUCUCCUGGAGGUAGCUACUCUGUAAAGUGAUGCUUUGCACAGGGAGGCUCAAGCUGAGAAUGCUCCUCUGUGUCCUCCAAGGCAAAACAAAAGUUUCCUUUUUUCCAAUAUGAAUGUACAAGAACAAAAGAAUUGCCAGAAUUUUGUCCCCUGCUUCUGUUAACCUACAGGUUAAGAGACCCCGUGGUUUAUUACAAAUCUUUCUGAUGAACUACGGAACGUUUUAUAGAACUGGUUGUUGGGGUUUUUUUCUGUAUGAAAGUCUUCUGAUACAAAAGAAUUAUUGUACAGUGUAUAUGUAAAGUAUUAUAACAAUGUACUAUAAAAAAAAAUUUCACCCCCCCUCCCCUGUUUUUCCUAAUCUCUCGAAGCACACUGAACACUUCAGUGAUUAAACAAUCUCUGCUCCCUGUUCUAGAUGUUAGUUAUGUCAUAGCUUUUGUUAUCUACAGAGCUGUAACUUUUAUUGACAACUAAGUUAAAAACCAGCCUUGAUAAUCCAAAUCCUUUUACCCCAUAGCUGAAUAUUCCUCUGGAUGAGCUAUACCUUGUUGAAGGAAAAGCCAGAUGUUCUCACGCUUCAGUGUUUUAUGGGAGCAACCCAAAUAGUGAAAGGUUGAAACUGCUCAUAUUUAAAGAAAUCCCAUCCACCACCAUGGCAGUCGUAGUACUUGAUACCAACUCUCUAAAUAUGUCACUAGGUCACUGUAUUUCAGUACACUUAAAAAUCCUGGAUUAGCAACUCAUGGAACUGAUGUAAAAAUACAUGCAAUAGAUAUUAGCUUGCAUUGAAAAUGAUUUCUAAACAGCUCUCAAAUACCUGACAAUAUUUCCUAGUUUCAAUUUUCAUUACUGAUUUUUCACUCCUGAAUACCCAUUGUUCUCUGUCCUACUGAGUCUGGUCACUCAUGAGCUUGUACCAUACAAGUGGUACAACAUAUUUUGCCUUUCAGCUUUUAGUGUCUUACCUUUGAUGAACUGAUUACUGUAGUUAGCAACUGAUUUCAUAUUUAAGUUCACAGAAGUAGCACAAGUCACAGUGGCAAAACUUAAGAAAUUAUUUCAGUAAAUGCCAAAGUUUAGACAGUUCUUCUGCCUGAAGUUUAGCUUGAGUCCUAGAAAUUGGAUGGGAACUCUCACACCGUGCCCCUUCUGGCAUAUUUCAUUCUCUCCAAUUCUCACCAUUGGGUUUUUCUCACUUCAGUUCAGAUUUGGCUACAAAUUCCCCACGUGAGAAUUUAGAACAACAGGCAGCAACUGAGUUACUUGUGUUCUCAUUUGGUUAGCUCAGGACUCUGUAAAGGUUGAACACAAGCACUUGGCUCACUCCUGGGGACCCAGGGCUGUUCCUGGCCAGCAGCUCAAGGGUCCUCCCAAGCCCUCCUUAAAAAAUCAUCAUGACUUAAAGUUGCAAAGAAAUUAGGGACCCCUUUAAGUACAGGCACCUCCAAUUCUAUUCACUUCAGCAAAGCAGUGUUUUGCCCAUAACAUUCAGCUUGUCCCUCACAUCUUCUCACACCCCAAGAUAAGUUCCAUUAGAUAUUAUGUCUACUUGCAAAAAAAAACAAACCCUGUGUAAAUUAUUUUUAUGACAUCCUGAGUUUCUAAUGUUUAUUUUGUCAAUUGCAUGACUUCAUAUUCAAAGGAUAGAACACAGCACAAAAGUUUGAAAACUUUUGUAAAAAUAAAUUGACUUUUUUUUUUUUGUGGCUACACUUCUGCAAUUCCAUUGAAGUGUUACUGGUGCAAGUUCAACAGGAAAAAAGGCAGUUACUCCUCUGAGGAAUUCAUGUCCCUUAAUAGUCAACACUUCUCUUUUUUAUUUACUUUAAAUCAGUUUUCAUGGUUAAAUUUACAAUCCUACAUGAAAACACCAUACACUUGUGCUGCCCAGUGUAAAGUCUAGCUCAUUUUCUGCUUUGCUAAAGACAAAAAUUACCUACCACUAAUUUGGACCAUAGACCAUUUAUGGCCACUUGCAAAAAUGAAAUUAAGAGGUUGCAUUUCUUCAAAAAAUGAGCUGAUACUGCAGAGAUAAUAUGGAAUUUACUGUCAGUGCUGUGCCUUUAUGAUACUAAUUUACAGAACGACUUAAAAAACAGGGCUUAUUUCCUCAUGGCAAACCAGAACUAUUCCCUUAAUAGAGAAGCCUUAAUAACCAUACAAACUCUGAAUCAAGCACGUGGCUAAUUAAUACUCAGUGCAUGGAUUUUGUUUCCAAAUCCAUUUGGAUGUAAUGGUAUCUUCUGAAUAGCACUCUGCAGCAAACAGAUAUUUUCUGCAUUUUUUACUGAAUGUAGUCUUCUUUCUCCUUCACUUUUAAAGUAAGUAGACCCUAAACUCAACUAAUCCAACUCAGAUGGCCUUCUUUAUGCACCUUGUAAAAGUAUUUGUUACCUUGGAUAUUUAUGAAUAAGCUGUUCCAUAGAUCGCAUGCCAUAAUUAGUUUUUAAAACCUUAAAAACCUUUCAAAACCUUUUUAAAACCUAUAAAGGCUAUAAAGGUUUUUAAAACCUUUCAUAUUUGACCUGCCAUAAAAUAUCCCAUAUGAGCUAUUUCAAGAGGAAUGGUCAAGCAGUUGGAUUUCUCUCUGAGCAUAAAUCUGGCCAAGCUUCCCACAAUGGAUGGCACAAAGAUUUUUUGUAUCAAUAAAUAUGGCAAGAAAAGCUUUACAAAAUGCCUUUUGGAGUAAAUCUCUGUUUUCCCUCAGAUUCAGCACUGAUAAAAUAAUGAAAACUAUUAACUGCAAUGCAACAGUAUGAAUAUGUUAUUUUCCUAUCAAGAUUUUUACAGUAGUGGCCUUGGUGUAUUAUCAACAGCAGAUUAUUUUUACAACAUUUUAUUUUUACUCCUUGAAACUGUGGAUGUGUCAUGUGAAAGGUUAGAGAAGAAAUACAGCCUGGUACGACUUUUAAUUUGGAAAUGACUCACAUGACUUCUGAUCCAAGUGAGGGAAAGAACAGAGAAGGGAGACUGUCCAGGUGAAGGGUGGAAAAAACCCACCUUCAAUAUUGAUGGCUUUUGCUCAGCUUUCCAGAUAAGUUUUAAUUAAAUUGUCCAACAGCUGAAAAAGCCAGGUUUCUUUUCAUGACAGAGAACAUAGGAGGUGGGAAUGUAGUGAAAUAAAAGGAACUAAUUACUGAGGGAAAGGCUGUAUAUAUGACUCAACUAGCAGUGAGUUCAAAAAGCCUUACAGCAUUUUGUAUAGUUUUUAAUCAGUCUCAGACGAAUGUUUCUGUUUCAAAAAGUGUUUCAUUAAAGCAGCUCCAUUUUUACACAAAA